AUGGCCAAGAAGGACAAGAAGGCCGCAGCGUCUGAUGCUGCCGCCGCCGCUUCUGGCCCAGUCGAGAUGAACCCUCCCCCGUCCUUUCUGCAAGACCGAAUUGCCCUGUUCGACAAGCUGAAGCUGCGAUAUGACGAAGAGCUCGCCAAGAAGCCCCGCGAACCGAUCAUGAUCACCAUGCCCGACGGCUCGGUCAAGCCAGGUGUCGCCUACGAAACCACGCCCGCCGAUAUCGCCAAGGGUAUCUCCAACAGCCUUUUCAAGCGCACUGUGGUAGCCAGACUAGAUGGAGAUAGCGAGCAGCUGUGGGAUUUGGAGCGCCCUCUCGAGAGAAGCUGCAAGCUCGAGCUUCUCGACUUCAAUGACCCCCAGGGCAAGUUUGUCUUCUGGCACUCGAGUGCUCACAUCCUCGGAGAGGCAUGCGAGAGGAGAUUUGGUUGCAGCCUUUGCAUCGGCCCCCCCGUCGACUCCGGAUUUUACUACGAGAUGGCUUUGCCAGAUGGCUCUGCAGUGCAGAACACCGAUUGGGCGCCGCUCGAGUCCAUUGUCGGCAAGAUUGUGAAGGAGAAGCAGAAGUUCCAACGUCUUUUGAUGUCCAAGGAUGAGCUGCUGGAGAUGUUCAAAUACAACAAAUACAAGCAGCACAUCAUCAAGGACAAGAUUGCAGACGGCACCUUCACCACGGUCUAUCGCAAUGGUCCCCUCAUCGAUCUGUGCAGAGGACCACAUGUUCCUGACACCGGCAGAAUCGAGAGCUUUGCCAUUAUGAAGAACUCCGCAUCUUACUUCCUGGGAGACGCCAAGAAUGACUCCUUGCAACGUAUCUAUGGUGUCAGUUUUCCUGACAAGAAGCUCAUGGCAGAGCACAAGAAGUUUUUGGAGGAGGCUGCGAAGAGAGAUCACCGCAAGAUCGGUCAGGACCAGGAGCUCUUCUUCUUUGAUCCCGUCUCGCCAGGAUCUGCCUUCUGGCUCCCCCACGGAACGAGAAUCUACAACACCAUCCUUGCUUACGUCCGUGAGCAAUAUCACAAGAGGCAUUACCACGAGGUCAUCACCCCGAAUAUGUUCAAUGCCGAGCUGUGGAAGCAGUCUGGUCACUGGGCGCAUUAUCAAGAAGAUAUGUUCAUCCUCGACGUCGAGAAGGACAAGUUCGGCCUGAAGCCCAUGAACUGCCCCUCUCAUGCCAAGAUGUUUGCUCACCGCGAGAGGAGUCACCGAGAACUGCCAUGGCGAGUUGCUGACUUUGGUGUCCUUCACCGAAACGAGGCUUCUGGUGCGCUAUCGGGUUUGACCCGAGUGAGGCGCUUCCAGCAGGAUGAUGCUCACAUCUUCUGCCGAGAGGACCAGAUCAAGCAGGAGGUCUCGGAUCUAUUCGACUUUUUGCGCGAGAUGUACGGGAUGCUGGGUCUCACCUUCAAGCUAAGACUCUCUACUCGCCCCGAGGACUUCAUGGGCCAUGUUGAGACCUGGGACAAGGCAGAGGACAAUCUGCGUGAGGCUCUUGACGAGUUCGCCAAGACUGAGGGGGGUGUUCCUUGGGAGCUAAACCCCGGUGAUGGUGCUUUCUACGGUCCCAAGAUCGAUAUUGCCAUUAUGGACUGCCUUAACCGUGAAUGGCAAUGUGCUACCAUCCAGCUAGAUUUCGUCCAGCCCGAAAACUUCAACCUUGAGUACAUGACUGCCGAGAGUUCAGUGCAGCCCAAGAGCCAGGCAGAGGACAAGGCAGCCGCGGGCACCACCGCUCUCCCCGUCAGGCAAAAGCCUGCAGAGGCAGCUGUUGAGUCCUCCGCUGCAGCUCCGGCCGCCGGAGACAACAAGGAAGUCAAGAAGAACUACAAGAAGCCCUUGACCCCUGGCUGCGCGAGACCUGUCAUGAUUCACCGUGCCAUGGCUGGUAGUAUCGAGCGUUUCACCGCCAUUCUCUGCGAGCACUUCGCGGGCAAGUGGCCGUACUGGUUGUCCCCACGCCAGAUCAUGGUCAUUCCUGUCGGCAAGGGCUUCAUCGACUACGCAAAGGAGGUGCAGACCAUCAUGGAGAAGAACCACAUGUACGUCGACGUCGACGACUCGGGAGAGACUCUGCCCAAGAAGAUCCGAAGAGCGCAACUCGCGCAGUACAACUUUGUAUUCGUUGUGGGCGCCGAGGAGCAGGAGAACAGACAGGUGAACGUCCGCUACAGGGACGACACCUCCACCCAGGAUAGAGGCAAGCCGGUUCCUCUCGAUGAGGCUGUCCAGAAGCUCAUCAAGCUGAGGGAUGAGCGCGCUGUCUACAACCCGUUCCCAGCGGCCAAGACGGAGGGAGACGCCAAAGCCGAGAAGACUGCCUAA